GAGUUACAGUUUGAGAGACUUACAAGAGAACUUGAGGCUGAACGUCAGAUUGUAGCCAGCCAGCUGGAGAGAUGUAAACUUGGAUCUGAGACUGGAAGCAUGAACAGCAUUAGUUCAGCUGAAGAACAAUUUCACUGGCAAACACAAGAUGGUCAAAAGGAUAUAGAAGAUGAGCUUACAACUGGUCUUGAACUUGUGGACUCUUGUAUUAGAUCUCUACAAGAAUCAGGAAUACUUGAUCCACAGGAUUAUUCAACUAGUGAAAGGCCCAGCCUUCUAUCCCAGAGUGCACUUCAGCUCAAUUCCAAAUCGGAAGGAUCUUUCCAAUAUCCAUCAAGCUACCACAGCAACCAGACCCUGGCCCUGGGGGAAGGAACAGCAUCCCAGCUCCCAGCCCGCAGCAGUCAAGCUAGAGCUCUACAGAACUAUGGUCAGGGCACCACUGGCCGGACUGCCCACCUCGCCACUUCGGAGUUGCCGCCACCCCCGUCGCAGCCGCUGCCCCGGGAGACCUUCGCGCCCAGCCAUGGGAGCGCUUUCCACUUGCCGGACUCCUCCUCCUCCUCCGCCUCGCAGCAGCCCCAUUCGCCGGCCCUCUACUACUCCAGCUCCACGCUGCCGGCGCAGAGAGUGAGCUCGCCCUUGUCCAUGCAGCAGGUGGGCUCGCCUACCAAGCUCCAGCGGGCGGGCUCCGCCUCCGAGAGCGGCGGCGGCGGCUACGGCACCACACAGCGGGUUUCCUCUCCCAAGCAGUCGCCCAGCCGCCUCGCCAAGUCCUACAGCACCAGCUCGCCCAUCAACAUCGUCGUCUCCUCGGCGGGGCUCUCGCCUUCCCCGAUCCGGGUCACCUCCCCUCCCACCAUCCAGUCCAACAUCUCCUCUCCCAUUCAUCAGCUGAGCUCCACGAUCGGCACCUACGCGACCCUCUCGCCCACCAAGAGGUUGGUCCACCCUUCCGAGCAGUACGGCAAACACUCCCAGGAACUCUAUGCCACGGCCACUUUGCAGAGACCCGGAAGCCUAGCAGCUGGAUCCCGGGCUUCAUACACAAGUCAGCACAGCCACCUGGGCUCGGAACUAAGGGCACUACAAUCUCCAGAGCAUCACAUAGAUCCUAUUUAUGAGGACAGAGUGUAUCAGAAGCCCCCUAUGAGGAGUCUCAGCCAGAGUCAGGGAGACCCUCUUCAACCAGCACAUACAGGCACAUAUCGCACUAGCACAGGUAAGUGGAAAUGCAGGUUGUUUUGCUUCUUGCCUGGGUAGGUACAUUGCUUUAAAUGACAACUAGCUGUUACAAAUAAAGUGACUGAAUUCACCUGUGGAAAAUUUUGAAAUUGUAAAUGCAUCAAUAAUUCCAACAAAGUGCUCUAUUUAUCUUUACCUUGUUGUCUAGCAUUCUUCCCUUGAUUGUUAAUUUGCUGAAGGUGCAUAGAACAUGACUUUGUCAUGUCAUUAAUAGAUCAUUUGCAAUGGGAUUGUU